AUGUGGACUUCAUGUAAUAAACUUGUUUACUUGUUGCAGGGGCAGACACCAUUAAUGUUUCCUCGCAUAUUUGGUCAUGAAGCCGGAGGAAUUGUGGAGAGUGUAGGCGAGGGCGUAACUGACCUCAAACCAGGAGACCAUGUUCUCCGUAUCUUCACUGGGGAGUGCAAGGAGUGUCACCAUUGUAAGUCAGAGGAGAGCAACUUGUAUGACCUCCUCAGGAUUAAUACUGACAUGGGUGUUAUGCUUAAUCACGGCAAGACGAGAUUCACCAUAAAUGGAAAGCCUAUUUACCACUUUCUUGGCACUUCCACAUUUAGUGAAUACACUGUUAUCCAUGUCGGCUGCCUUGCGCUGAUCAACCCUGCAGCCCCACUAGACAAAGUUUGUGUUCUUAGUUGCGGAAUAUUCACAGGUCUUGGUGCCACUUUGAAUGUUGCAAAACCCAAAAAGGGCCAAUCUGUAGCGGUCUAAUUUGGAUUGGGUGCUGUUGGCCUUGCUGCAGCUGAAGGGGCAAGAAUUGCUGGGGCUUCAAGAAUCAUUGGUGUUGAUCUGAACCCUGAUCGUUUCAAGGAUGCCAAGAAGUUUGGUGUCACUGAAUUUGUGAAUCCAAAAGAUCAUGACAAGCCUGUUCAACAGGUGAUUGCCAAUAUGACCGACGGAGGAGUGGAUCGGGCUGUUGAAUGUACUGGAAGCGUCCAGGCCAUGAUCUCAGCAUUUGAAUGCGUUCACGAUGGUUGGGGUGUUGCAGUACUUGUUGGGGUACCAAAUAAAGAUGAUGCAUUCAAGACUCAUCCUUUUAACUUCUUGAGUGAGAGGACUCUGAAGGGUACAUUCUUUGGCAACUUCAUGCCCCGCACUGAUAUUCCCUGCGUCGUGGAAAAGUACAUGAACAAGCUGGAAGUGGAAGUGGAGAAAUUUAUCACUCACUCAGUCCCUUUUGCGGAGAUCAACAAAUCCUUUGACCUAAUGCUGCAGGGGAAGUCUAUCCGAUGCCUUAUGGCCAUGGAUAAUUCUCUCUCUCAACAGGACAAAAAAAUCUUAAGAUCUCCGAAAUACCCAGUAAGCUGUUUUUCCCAUCCAAUACCGUACGGUGCAGCCAUGGAAUCAGUUUCUCUAAGGCAAAUAAUCUCUGCAACCCAUCAUCAAGGUUUCCAAAGGAGAAGAGAGCUAGCAAACCCAAACCCAAUUCACAGAAGAAGGAUUCACACCCAAACCGGGCGUUUUUGCUUCCCCGUUCUCUCCACAAAGUCUGAUUUCCAAGGGAGAGACACAGACACAGACACGAGUCUUUCACAAUCAAGACAAAGAAACCGAUCAUCGUCAUCAUCAUCAUCGUCCGAGAUAGCCAUGUCGAGCACAGUAGGUCAGGUUAUUAAGUGCAAAGCCGCGGUAGCAUGGGAGGCUGGUAAGCCAUUGGUGAUUGAAGAAGUGGAGGUGGCACCACCUCAGGCAAAUGAAGUCCGCGUGAAGAUCCUCUUCACCUCCCUUUGCCACACUGAUGUUUACUUCUGGGAAGCCAAGGGGCAGACACCAUUGUUUCCUCGCAUAUUUGGUCAUGAAGCUGGAGGAAUUGUGGAGAGUGUAGGCGAGGGUGUAACUGAGCUCAAACCAGGAGACCAUGUUCUCCCUGUCUUCACUGGGGAGUGCAAGGAGUGUCGCCACUGUAAGUCGGAGGAGAGCAACAUGUGUGACCUCCUCAGGAUUAAUACUGACAGGGGUGUUAUGCUUAAUGACGGCAAGACGAGAUUCACCAUAAAUGGAAAGCCUAUUUACCACUUUGUUGGCACCUCCACAUUUAGUGAAUACACUGUUGUCCAUGUCGGCUGCCUUGCGAAGAUCAACCCUGCAGCCCCAUUAGACAAAGUUUGUGUUCUCAGUUGCGGAAUAUCCACAGGUCUUGGUGCCACUUUGAAUGUUGCAAAACCCAAAAAGGGUCAGUCUGUAGCCGUCUUUGGAUUGGGUGCUGUUGGCCUAGCUGCUGCUGAAGGGGCAAGAAUUGCUGGGGCUUCAAGAAUCAUUGGUGUUGAUCUGAACCCUGAUCGUUUCGAGGAAGCCAAGAAGUUUGGUGUCACUGAAUUUGUGAAUCCAAAAGAUCAUGACAAGCCUGUUCAACAGGUGCUUGCUGAUAUGACCGAUGGAGGAGUGGAUCGGGCUGUUGAAUGUACUGGAAGCAUCCAGGCCAUGAUCUCAGCAUUUGAAUGCGUUCAUGAUGGUUGGGGUGUUGCAGUACUUGUUGGAGUACCAAAUAAAGAUGAUGCAUUCAAGACUCAUCCUAUGAACUUGUUGAACGAGAGGACUCUGAAGGGUACCUUCUUUGGCAACUACAAGCCCCGCACUGAUAUUCCUGGGGUCGUGGAAAAGUACAUGAACAAGGAGCUAGAACUGGAGAAAUUUAUCACUCACUCAGUCCCUUUCUCGGAGAUCAACAAAGCCUUUGAUUUCAUGCUGCAGGGGAAGUCUAUCCGUUGCAUUAUCACCAUGGGUGCUUAAGACAUUAAUAAGGGAGAUUGUGGAGUGUUGGGCAGAGGGCUUUUCUUUCUAGUUAAUAAGGUUUUGCAUUGUGGUUUUUGAGUGUUGCAGAGAGAACAAGCAGUUUAUGUUGACUUUGACUUAUAUUACCUAUAAAUGAAAUUUCACCUAUGUUUCCCUUUGCCUCUUUUA